AUGGGUCAGUGCCUCUGCAAGCCUUCUCCGCUUCCUUAUCUUCCUCACAACGAACAAUUUUUCCCAACUCAAAUGACUGAGUUGAUACUUGCACCUGCUGGUCAGCUCAUUCCGGAGGAUUCAGGUGCAAUCGACAUCAAAUACAUGGCAGCUAUAAACGACCUCUUCAACACUGUUAACGGACUUUAUGAUAAAUUGGAGGAAAUUGACAAACUUCAAAAAGACGGAAAAUCGAUUAAAAAACCUACUCGCGCAUUCUGCAAGGCGCUGAAGGAAAUCGGCGAACUCUACGCUAGGUUCCUGCGUCUUUCGGACUACGCAAUCGACGAAUAUGUGCAAGUGCGGAAGGAUAAGGCUUGUGAUGGAUACCAGCACUGGUUCCUUAUGAAGGAGGCAAUGAAAGUCUUGGCGAAGGGGAAUGUCUUCAUUGUUGAAGAUCUCAAAAAAAGAAUCGACCAUCAGUUUACUGUUACUCAGAAGUUGUUUCAUGAUUUUUAG